CACGGCUAUAAUUCCUCACACACCCAUCACUCUGCUAAUCUAGCCCGAUGCCAGAAAUAGCCAAGUCGCAGAGCCAGCUCGCGCGGCGGCGCAACCUCCUCCGCGCAUUGCUGAUCCCCGACAACAAGACCUACGAGACCCUCCACCGGGACAUCUUGGAAGGUGACGUAGACGAGCUGACGCGCAGCCGACGGAAGCGCCUGCUGGCAAACUACAACAUCGAGGAACUCAGUCAGCACAAAGGUGUAUUUGAUGCCGCGCCCGCCGCACCCUUCCGCACUGCGCCUGCCGCGUCCAUCGCACAGCAGUCGCGUGGCCAGCUUGUGAUCCGCGUUACGCUAAGGCCGCCGCCACAGGGCGAGCUCCCGUACCGUGGCGCCGUGGUAUUUCCCGACUCACUCAUUGCAAACACCGAGCCUAAGGCUGCGGACGUGGCGUUGCUCCGGAGCUGUUACAAAGAAAGCGAGAGGGUUCGCAGAGAGAACACCCAAUCGGUAGCGGAGAUGGAAGAGGGGCGGGAUAACACGGUGAAAAUAGGAGAUGCCGCGAAUGCCGAAUCGGGAGAGAUUGAGAAACCUGGUUAUGCAAAAGCAUCGCACGACUUGACCAAAAAGGUUAUCGAAGACAGAAAACCCUUUCUGACGAAAAGCUUUACAAGAGGAGUUUCUUCUCUUGCGAGAGGAGCCGCUAUUAAAUACAUCCACUUCAACAACUAUGAAAUCGAUACGUGGUACACCGCACCUUACCCCGAAGAGUACUCCCAAAACCCCGUACUCUACAUCUGCGAGUACUGCCUCAAAUACAUGAAAUCCAGCUUCAUCCUACAACGGCAUCGCACAAAGUGCGCGUCACGCCACCCGCCCGGCACGGAGAUCUACCACCAUGGGCACAACGCGGUGUUUGAGGUGGACGGCCGCAAACACACCACAUACUGCCAGAACCUCUGUCUUCUCGCAAAGCUCUUCCUCAACUCCAAGACGUUGUACUAUGACGUGGAGCCAUUUGUGUUUUAUGUUCUCACCGAGAUUGACGAAGGCAACCACCACUUUGUGGGCUACUUCUCUAAAGAAAAGCUCUCCGGAAACGACUACAACCUCAGCUGCAUCCUUACGCUUCCUAUCUACCAGCGCAAGGGCUACGGCCACUUCUUGAUUGACUUUUCCUAUUUACUUUCGCGCCGCGAGUUCAAGGUCGGAACACCUGAGAAACCGCUUAGCGAUCUUGGCUUGCUCAGCUACCGGAGUUACUGGAAGCUAAAGGUGUGUGAGGUACUCCGGCUGGUUGAAGGGGUUCCGGUAUCGGUCGAGGAGAUAUGCAGUCUCACGGGAAUGACAGCAUCGGACGUGGUUGUGGGGUUGGAGCAGGUGGGAGCUCUUCUCCGCAGCCCCACUUCUGGCCGCUAUGCCAUCAAAUCCAACCUGACGCUCAUCAACACCACCAUUAAUCGCUGGCAGGCCAAGAACUACGUCCAGGUGUGCCCCCUGAAGCUUCUCUGGAAGCCGAUUGUGUAUGGUCCAUCUGGUGGUAUCAACACGCUCUCGUCACUUGUCACUACCCAUGCAGAGCAGGGCGACGCCUCGCAGAUCGUGCUCAGCUUCUUGAAGGAUGACAUUGCUGAUUCGCGGACUAUCGAGGAGCAAACGAUGGAGGCUAUCCGCCAGCGUGAUGAGGACGACGUAGUCCCCAUGGGCGAGCCUUUGAGCUGUUUUGAGACGUGUUACCCUGGCAUGCCUUUGUACAAGCCUAAGAGCGCGGUCAAGCAUAAGGUGAGGUUGGUGAUAGUGUCUGACGAGGAUGAAUAAUCCAGGGAGUUGCUGAUGAUGAGAAAGUUGCAUAAAAAAACGGACCAUAGAAAAUUGCACCAAUGAUAGAGUGUGCUUCGGCUGUACUUUUAUCAGCCGGUAGGUCCGUAUCUUCAUAUAUGUGUCGCAUCUAUCAAAUAGUCAUAGAGGCAUUGUAGUUCAAUGUCAUGGUUAUGUUACUUUAGGGGUCUCUGGUAAAUAAUGGAAUGUAAUGCUAUAGG